AUGCCGAAAGUCCCACGACCGAUUUGGUUCGCCGGUACGGGAGCAGUGAAGGCAGUUUGGUGUGCGUUGGCCGAGGGGUUUUCUCAGCUCCGACCUCAGCACGCAGCCUCAGGUCAUUCGGGAACAAACUCCGCUGUUGUAUCUGUGUGUGAUCAUCGACUGUGUGAGGAGGUUCGGCAACUCGAGACCAAAAAGAAGUUUGCGCAGUGUAUUACGACUCUCGAGUCGCUCUUGGUGGCUUUGGUGCGUGCUCGAGGCGUCGAUGAACUCGAGACGAAGCUGUGGAAGCAGCUUGUGGUGACUUGCAACGCCUUCGCAAGCCGCUGCAUUGACUACAAGAAGUUCCCCGCUGGUCUGCAGCUGAUGAAGCAGGCAGAGCAUCUCAUCGACAACUCCAUCUUGGUCGACAGCACGAUGAGAAUGGAGCUGCUCGCAUAUCUGUACGACACCUACGCGCACUACUACUACAAGCGUCGCAAGCCUCACGCGGGUCUCCAGUACAUCCUCAAAGCGCACGAGAUCCACAGCAGGCAAAGUAGCUGGUCCCACCUCGCAAAGUGUCGACUUCACAUCGCGAAUCUGCUGUCGUUCCAGAUCAAGCACGCGGAGGCCAUGAAGUACAUGGCCAGCAUACUCGAAAUGAUUGAAGAUAACAAACUGGAGGAGACAGCGGAGGGAGGCGUUGGCGGUGGGUCGGCGCAGAAGCUCUGUCUCGCAGCUGUGUGCUAUAACAACUUAGCUGUCGAGCAGUUGCACAUGCGCGAGUUUGAAGCGGCCAGCGUAUCUUCUGCGAAUACCCAGCGGCUAGCCAAGUUGUGUUUGAGUUACAGCAAUCGGUGGCUCUCACAAUUCCAGGCCACCAGCGACUGUGUGGCCCUUGCCAUCGCAACGUUGAUGGAAGACACUAACGCCGACAAAGGUCCUCUGGCGGAUUGCAGAGCGCUGGCAUCCGCAGAAGAACAACGAAGUCGUAUUUAA